AACGGUUUCGAACCUUCCGUCGCGGGAGUCCUGACACGAAGGGGAGGGGGUACAGCGCCGCGUCACUGACAAGCGAGCAGCCUAACGGGAGGCGAAGGAGACGGCGGGGAUUGGGAGGACAUGGCCUACGCGUAUCUCUUCAAGUAUAUCAUAAUCGGGGACUCAGGUGUUGGAAAAUCAUGUUUAUUGUUGCAGUUCACAGACAAAAGAUUUCACCCAGUGCCUGACGUUACUAUAGCUGUAGAAUUUGGUGCUCGGAUGAUAACCAUUGAUGGGAAACAAAUAAAACUUCAGAUAUGUGAUACGGGUUGGCAUGAGUCCUUCCGUUCCAUCAUAAGGUCAUGCUGCAGAGGGGCAGCAGGUGCUUUACUAGUGUAUGACAUUACAAGGAGGGACACUUUCAACCAUUUGACAACAUGGUUAGAAGAUGCUCGUCAGCAUUCCAAUUCCAACAUGGUCAUUAUGCUCAUUGGAAAUAAAAGCGAUCUAGAGUCUAGAAGAGAAGUGAAAAAGGAAGAAGGUGAAGCGUUUGCACGACAGCAUGGGUUUAUCUUUACGGAGACGUCUGCCAAAACUGCUUCCAAUGUAGAAGAGGCAUUUAUUAAUACAACAAAGGAAAUCUAUGAGAAAAUACAGGAAGGAGUCUUUGACAUAAAUAAUGAGGCAAACGGUAUUAAAAUUGGUCCUCAGUACGCUGCUACUAAUGCAACACUUGCAGGCAAUCAGGGAGGACAACAGGCUGGUGGAGGCUGCUGUUGAACGUAUUUUUACUUCUAGCUGCCUGAUGGGGCCUACUAACUUGUUUCACCCUCCCCUCACUCAAUUUCAACUAUGACAUGAAAUUAUUGUAAGAUGGCAUCAUCUUGCAGAAGACUUUAUUCUUCAGAUUCUUGUACAACUUUGAAUAAAUGGUUAAUGUUCACUUAAAGACAGGUUUUGGAGAUUGUAUUCAUAUCUAUAUUUCCAUUUGAUUUCUAAUUCAAUUGAUGUGAUUAUUUUUUGUUAAAUGUUGUCUUGUGCCCUUGACUACAAACUGUAUUAAACACUACAAAGUCAUUUGAGUAUUUUAAUCAGUUUGUGUAGUUAGGUUGCCCAACUACAGUGGCUACCUAAUGUUUAAUAUUGUACAACUGUCUUCAAUUUUUGUCCAUUUUCAAGCCUCUAAAGAAAAACAGAAGGACUCUUUUUUCUGUAUUUAUCAUUUACUUUCUGUAUAUAUAGUUUAAUAACCUGCUUGGGUGUAUUUGCCAAGCUAUAAUUCUUUAAUGCAUUUGCAUAAAUUCUAUACGUUUAGAGCUUGGAACUACAGAAGCAUUAUUAGAAAUUUGUUUAGAUG